UCCGAAGAAUGCGUGAAUAUAAUAAUCAGUAUUUCGAACAAGUGGAAACCCAAUAGCAGCAGUAACCUGAAUGAUUCAUCAAAGAAUCAAGCUUCCGUUCACCGAAAAGUUCAUCUGAUUCUCCCUUUCGUCGACCCCUUGCUUUGUGUUUCUUGGGGAUGGCAUUAUUGUCCAAUGUGAAACAGAGUGAGUUAGGCUCUAACAUCCUGCCUUGUGUACUUUGAACAGGACCAGUAAAAGGAUAUGAAUCUGGUCGAAGUACUGAAAAGCUGGGCACCUUUAGAUUCCGAGUGAUUGUAAUAUAUUAGCCAUUUGAAUUUCAGCAUCCAGGGGAAAGGGCCUGAAAGUUUUCACUAGUUUACCGUCCCAUGUUUUCUGCGUGUGUUGUACAGUUGGUGAACUUGGAUGGCUUUUCCCAUACUGGGACUUCAUCGUAAAAGUCAAACAAACAAAGUCCCUUUGUUAAUGGAGCGGGUUGACAAUCGUAGUGAUAAUGAACAUGUUAUUGACAUUACAAGUAGCAGCGAUGCUUCUUCUUCUAGUUUGUCUUAUGAUAGACCGUCCACUGGCCUGGAGCAGCAAUGGAGUGAAGAUCAGCCAUCUACUAGCUCAAGGGUUCCCGUUUAUCAGCCUCAACUUUUUACUGCUGGUGGGUCAAACUCAAGGAAUUCUUCACUAAUUCGCAGAGGAAAUAGUCGAGGCCGCCAAAGAAGUCCACUGAAUUCUGGUUUAUGGAUAUCUGUCGAGCUAGUUUUGACAGUUAGCCAAAUCAUUGCAGCUAUUGUUGUCUUGUCUUUGUCGAAACACGAGAAGCCACGUGCUCCUUUGAGAGCAUGGGUUGUGGGCUAUGCAUCUGGUUGUUUGGCAAUUCUCCCCCUUCUAUAUUGGCGUUUUAAGCAUCGAAAUCAGGGUUCUGAACAGGAUUCAUCUCAGCACCGUCAAGAUUCUUCCCCAGCCAAUAUUUCUGCUGUUCCUUUGACUAGGAGGGCCAUGGAAGCAGAAGACCGCUGGACAACUGGUACAGCAACUAGAGGCACACAAAGCAAUGGAUUACCAAAUCCAAGGCUAAAGGUACUUAUUGAAUACUUCAAGAUGGCUUUGGAUUGCUUCUUUGCUGUUUGGUUUGUGGUUGGUAAUGUGUGGAUUUUUGGAGGGCACUCGUCCUCUAAUGAAGCUCCCAACUUAUACAGGUUGUGUAUAGUAUUUCUCACCUUCAGCUGUAUUGGGUAUGCAAUGCCAUUUAUUCUGUGCGCGACAAUCUGCUGCUGCCUCCCUUGCAUAAUCUCAGUCCUAGGCUUCAGAGAAGAUUUGUCUCAGAAUAGAGGAGCUACUCAAGACUCAAUUAAUUCUUUGCCAACUUAUAAAUUUAAAGUGAAGAAAAAUAAGAGUGGUAGUGAUAAGGACAAUAGUUCAAGUGCAGGUGAAGGUGGUAUUGUGGCAGCUGGAACAGAGAAGGAGCGUGCCAUAUCAGGAGAGGAUGCAGUUUGCUGUAUUUGCUUAGCAAAGUACGUGCACAAUGAUGAACUCAGGGAGAUGCCUUGCUCUCAUUUCUUUCACAAGGACUGUGUCGAUAAAUGGCUGAAGAUCAACGCGACGUGUCCACUCUGUAAAGCUGAGGUUGGUGAGACAAUGCUGAGUUCCCUGACUGAAGCAACUGCCAGCCUACGAAAUGGCACCUUGUUAUAAAUUGAUGAGGAAAAAUCUCACUGGUGUAUGCUCGAGUGUGUUCAUGGCCGGAAGUCAUAUCACCUGAUAGUUUUGGCUCGUUUGAUUGGAUUAAUUCUCCUGUUCUCACUUGCUGUAUAAAGGUUAAUUACAUUCCCUAAUAUCAAAUAUUGCAAAUAUUGUUGUGUACGAGACGUCAAUUUUUAGGUCAUACAAAGAUGAGAAGAUGGUUAUGUGCUGCAAUUGUAAUGUGAGAGAAUGAUACUAUCAGAUUGCAUAACAUUAUGAAUCUUGUUUAGGUCAACUUUCCUAGUUGGCCUUGGCCUAUUAUCUCAA